CUAGUCUCAGGAGGGGCCAAGAGAUGGAAUGUGACAUUUGAACAAGUGAGUCAGUGGGCGGUGAGCGAAUGUUUGACAGCUCGAGGGGAGGUGUGCUGGCCUCCGGGCCCUGUUUGGCUGUCCAGGCUCAGCUUACCUCACCCGGGGAACCAUGGAAUGCCACGCCUGGCCCUCCUUUUCGUCCCCCUCCCUCACUGUGACGCCACCACCUGCCCCAUUAUGACCCAGUCUGUCUCCCAGUAUACAUAUAUGGAGGCCAGCGGACCCAGGCAGUCCUGGGACCCCCGGCCAUGGCUGAGCAAACCCAUUACCUAGCCGAGGCGUGCUCUGGCACCACACCCGGGAAAUGCCAAGACCUAAGAGACUCAAUUCUUCUGAUCCUGGUCAGCAUCAUGUUGCUCAAUGUGUGGAUCAACGUGGUGACUCUGCUCUGGAUGCAUCUGAAGAGAUUCUUGCGGGCAGGUUUCAACCGUAUUUUCCCCAAAGGUAACUUCCUGCACAGGCACCCAAACCACCUUGAAUCCUGGAUACCAGAAACAGAUGAUGAGACGGCUUCUAAGUGCUGCUGGAUGCCGCCGCAGUGUGGACGGGCUCGGGCUUCCACGGAGGCUCCACGGGGACUGUGGAAGGAGGGGUUAGUGGGAGCUGGGGAGGACCCUCCGUUCACAGCCUUAAAGUCCCAAGCCACUUUUAACUCCAGGUGAGAGAGAUCUUCCAAGCUCCGCAGGAUAAGCAAGGUGGACGUGGUUCCACUCUGCCUGCCCCAAGAGAGCAAGACUAAGACCCCAGCCCAGACCUUCUCCUACAAGCACCCCUCUGUGCACGCCCCACCUCAGGCCCAGACUUGCUCCACACUCCACCUCCCUGAGCACACUACCCCCCAGGCCCAGACCCCCUCACCAGCCCUCACCCCUGAGCACAGCCCUGCCCAGGUCCAUGGCCCGGAGCAUACCUCAGCCCAUACCCCAGCCCAGGCCCAAGCCCAGGCCCCCUCAUAUGCCUCAGCCCUAUUCCUGGGCCACACUUCUCUCUGCACCCUGACCCAUGCUCAUCUGACCUAUACCCAUGCCAACACUCUGGCCCCUCCCCCAACUUCUGCCCCUGCUACUACUCCUGCCCUAGCCCCUACACCAGCCCCUGUCCCGAUCUCUGCCACAACCUCUGUCCCAGCACUGGUCAUGACCCUGACGACCCCUCCAGUCCCUUCCACCACCCAUACCCCCAUCCUAGAUUCUAUUCUCUCUACCUUGUCUACCUUCGACCAAGGCCUCUCCUCUGGCCAUGUGGUCUACUAUGCCCGCAGCAUAAAGCAGAACUUAUUCCAUGUGUGUCCCCCUCAGAACUCUGGGUACUCCAGAAAUGACUUGGGUACCCUAACCAGGCCCCAAGAGGGGCAUGGUCUGGUGAGCUCUGGUACAGCUGAGCAAACACUGAAGCAAUGUAGUGGGGACAGUGCCAAGCCCUCCACAGGGUCCAUACCGGGUUACGUGGAGUUGGGGACUAUGGAAUGGAAGAUCCCAAAUCAUGCCAAAGACAAAUUUGUACAGUCCAAGACCUUCACUCACUGUAGCUCCCAUCCUUGCCAGUCUGAGAAGAGAAACACGGAUCCCCAGACUCCAGUCUGCCCCAAAUUCCUGGUGUACUCCAAGGAUGCUGCACCUUCUCAACCUUGCUUCCAUUCUCCGACCAGUGCCCAGAGCUCACCAUGCACCAUGCCUCCACCAUGCACUCUUUCUCUGCCUCUUGUUCCCAGAUCCUUUGUCCUUCAUCAACACAGCAACCACCAGAAGCCCUCCGCCUUAAUACAAACCCCCACCUUUCCCCCAACCUCCAAGUCUCCUCAGUCUGUCCUCUCUCCCCAGGGCCCCAUCCCUCCCCAGUUAUCCACUACUUCCCAAACCCCAAACCAGCCCCAACCCCCAGAACUUCAUGAGAGUCUAGGUCUCAACCAAUGCUCUGUCCUCCAAAGGACCCCAGGCCUUACCGGAGACACAGGCCUCCUCAAGAACCCAGGCCUUGCUCAAGAUCCAGGCCUCCACGAACUUCGAGGCCUUACCGAAGACCCUUACCUCUGCAAAAAUCCAAGCCUUUCCCAAGACUCUGACCUUCAGAAGAAUCCAGUCAUUACCCAAGAUUCUUGGCCACAGAAGAGUCCAUGCCAUGCCCAAGACUCUGCAGUCAACAAGAGCUCAGUCCUUUGCCAGGAGUCUGAUCUCCAUAAGAGCCCAGGUCUUGUGCAAACCGCUCGUCUCCAUAAGGGCUCAAGCCUUACCCGAGACUCCGGAGACUACAAGAAUCCAGGCCUGUCCCAAGCUUCUGGAGUCUGCAGGAGCCAAGGCCUUACUCAAGAUUCUGACCUCCAUAAGAAUCCUGGCCUUACCCAAGAUGCUGGAAUUUACAGGAGCUCAGAACAUACCCAUGACCCUAACUUCCAUGAGGACUCAGGAAUUAAUCGAGAUCCUGGCCCCCAUAAGGGUCCAGCCCUUACUCAAGACUCUGGCUUAUCCAAGAGACGAGGCCUCCAUAACAACUCAGGCCUUAUCCCAAACCCUGGCCUCCACAAGAACCCUCUAGGAACUGACUCUGUCCAAGUUUUGGGCCCACGUCAGACCCAAAAGUCAUUUAUAUCUGAGACAGUUCCUCGAAAGGAGGAUGCAGGGCAGCACAUACCAUGGACUUCUGUCCCACCCAGUCACAACUCCUGCUCUGCUAAGGCUCAGGGGGCCCUACAAUGA